UGCGUGUCAGUGUCACAUUGAGAUGUAUUUGGUGUUUGACACAUGUUUAGUGACUAUCAUGUGUCUGGUGUCUGAUGCGUAUCAUUGUGUCGAUGUUUGACGCAGACACUAAAUGGAGGUCCACAAAUAGUUGAUAAGAUUGAACUUCUCGAAUUAAUCGGUCAUGACAUCAUAUACCAAGUUAAAACAAAAACAAAACCGAUGUCGACGUGUCAGCAUAGUGUUGUGAGAAAAGAAAGUUUGGGUGGUUCAAUUUGUUAAAGGUGGAGACUUUAAGGAGAAGGGGGGUAGUGGGAAAUGAAGGAGAGACAGAAAAGUGAAAGAAACAGAGAGGCGAAAGAUGGGAUAUUUUGGGUAUGAAAUUAAAUAUUGAAAAGAGUUAGGGGGUGAGAAUUUAAUGCUGUAACAUAACAUACCCUAUUGUUUUUGAGACGGUAGGGUAGGGACCUGUUUGGUGCUUUGUUUUUUCAUUUGUAAAAGCAUUUAUUGCAGAAAACAGAAGGUGAAGGGUGGAAGAAGAAAGAAGAGGUGAUUCCUUCUAAAUAUUGUCUGAUCAAAAUUGUCUCAUUGAUUGAAAGUAAUUCAAAUAGCAUUGGUUGUUGCAGUUCCGAAAACUCAGACAUGUAUUCAAAUAUAAGUACUUCAUGAAACUAGAAGGUGAAUUAGCUUUCUUCCAUUCAAAAAUGGGCGUUGAGUUGGACUCUCAAUCGUUUGAAUUCAAUGAUAGUGAUGAAAACUCCCCUACCUUCAAAUCACGGAACCAGAAGGAAAAGGAAUAUGACAACAAAGUCUCUAAGAAUUUAAAGAAGAUCGAACAUGGUUUUGAUUCAUCCCCAAAUGACAUGAAAUCGGCAAAUUGUAUGCCUGAUCCGAAACUAGAAUUUUAUGACAGCUCAAUUGAUUUGAAAAACAAUUAUGAAGCUCAUGUGAUUGGUCCCAAAUCUCCUUCUUCCAAGGAUAAAAGAGGCUUAGAUCCAUCACCGAAACUUGAAUUUUAUGACAGCAUGCUUGAUUUGAAAAAUGGUUUAGGAACAAAAGUGACGGAAUCGAUUAACCCUGUAUCACGUUCUUCCAACGAUGUGGGGUCGUUUAUGAUGUUUGCAACUGAUAAACAAUCGGUUAAAAAGUCCGUCACUUCGCCAAUCUCUAAUCCUCUGCUAGUAGAUAAAUUUCAGGAUUCACUAGAUGUCUUUGUCGACCGAACUGAAGCUGAAUGUGAACCAGAACUUGAAAUUUGCUACAAAGAAGAUGGAUAUCAUGUUGUGAAGGAUAUCUGCGUUGAUAAAGGGGUCUAUACCCAGCAUAAGUUCAUGUUUGAGGAAACUGAGGAUGGAAAGGCUUAUAAUUUCUUCCCAUUAGAGAGUUUUGAUGAUAACCAAAAGCCGAAAGACAACACUGGUAUCAAGGUAUUAAAUCAACCAGAAAUUGAAGAUUCUGACAAGGUUUCUUUGAAUCAUGAUCAGCAAUUUCAUGUGAUGCCCAAAGACGAUGAUGAGAUCGAAGAUCUUAUUGAUAAUGUCACAAAAGCAAUGGAUUUACAUGAAGACAUGCAUGAUUCUGUAGCUCCUGAUGACAAGGAUGAACAGCAAUUGGGUAAACAUAAUUUGCAUUCCCAGUCAAAAGCCUCAAAUGAUAUUGUUGAGGAAGAAGUAUUGGCAAGUCCAGCUUUGGGAUUAGCCACUGAUGAGUCGAACAGUGAUGGUAUUAGAAGCUUAACUUAUCAUUUUGGCCCUUCAGCUCCUGCCGAUUGUAUCAAAAAGGAAUUUCACCAACUCGGUGGCUGUAACUGUGUUGAAAGUCACCUACCUGUUAUGGCUGUAGACGGUUCGUCUGGUGGUGAAAUUUCUGAAAUUCAUCAUGCUGAAACAAGUCAGAUUCGCCGUGGAUUUGGCGAGUCAAGUUUUUCUGCUGCAGGCGCUGUAUCAGGUCGUAUAAGUUACUCAGGGUCUAUACCUUAUUCUGGAAGCAUCUCUAUCCGAUCAGAUAGCAGCACUACCAGCACGCGGUCCUUCGCUUUUCCCAUACUGCAAUCUGAAUGGAAUAGCAGCCCAGUGAGAAUGGAGAAACCUGAUAGGAGCCACUACCGGAAGCAACGCAAAUGGAAGAAUGGCCUUCUUUGCUGUAAAUUUUAAGAGAUUAAUAUUUUCUCUUAUAAUAGGUUUAAAUUUAUAUAUACCAUUUAAAUUUUACUUGCAUAGAGUUUCACAGUGUGCAGUAGGUUUAGUUUGCCUAUUGCACAGUCAAAAUGCUCAGUGGUGGUGAUUUAGAAUUACCAAUCAAUGAUCUUAUAUCUCUGCUGCAAGCAAAGAGUAUUGAUUUUAGCUUUGCUUGCAUCUGAUCUACAUUUUCUCUUUGAUUGGUUAUACAUGGUUUUAUUGAUUUUUUCAUUUAAAAUUUCAACA